AUUGAAACCCCAAACAACGAGUACUUCAGGAAAAUUAUUAGUAUUUCAGAGGGUAAUUUCUGAAAAUUCGCCCUGUUUCCUACUACAAGAGAGUAUCUUAUACUGGGUUAUGCAGCGGAAGCAUUAUUCUUUCUUUACCAAAACACUUAGCAGAGUAUAUUUACUUAGCAGCGAUCGCCGUCCGCCGCCGUGCAAGAUUUCGAUCGUCGAAAUUCCGUCGGGGAAGAUGUCGUUUAGGGGUUUGUGUGCUUGCCUGUUGCUCUUUUUACUCACACUCCUCAUUUCUCCUUGUUCGUCGGUGAUGGGAAUUGCAGUGAAGGAUUUAUCAUUACCAUCAUCUGGACACCUUUCCUCAUUCUUGAAUGACCUCAAAAACCUUCAAACUCGCAUCAAUUAUACGUUUGAGAAUGUUUAUAUCCUUGGAAGAGCAAUGACGCAUGCAUCCUAUUCACAUGAAAGCAACAAGGCAUUAAGCAUUUUGGGUUCAAGAGUAGUUGAGGGAGAUGUGGUCCUUCAUUUUCUUGACAACAAUGUUGAUAUCACAGCCAAGGAUUUGAACCGUAAAAUCACUGAAGUCUCGAACGAGGCUUCUUGCGCUUCCAGCGGAAUGAGGCUUGGGUUGCAAAAGAUCGUCAGAGUGUCUGCUAGGACAAAUUCAUCAGCUCCUGGUGUGGUCUGUGAUGCAUUUCGAGCUAUUUUUGGAGCAGUAGUGCUGGAUAGUAAGAGCUUAGAUGCAGGUGGAAGAGUGUUUAUGGGAAUCAGGGAUGGAAUUGGAAUGGAUAUGGCUUUGCCUAAGUAAGUUUAAGGUUGCCACUUGUUUUGAUUAGUAGUACUAAAAUAAUAUCAGGGUCAUUAUAGGUGGCCUGGUUCAGUUUGCUUUUGUGACAUUUGAAGUUGUCUGAUAAAUUGCUGCUCCAAUAUGAUGUAUAAGCAGGGAAGUUUUAUGCUAGAAUGGUGUUUAUGCUAAGUACCAGUAUUGGAAUGUUUCACAACUUUUAUAGUUUUUAAGCCGAAAGGCAAUCUGUUAUAUUGUGCUUGACUUACCAUGUUCCUCUGGCUGAGAUAGCUUGUGAGACCUCCUGAUUAGCAACUUUGCUCCCCUGAUUCAUGGCAUUCAUUUAGGAGGUUAAUUGUGUUCUGUAAUUGCUUGUCUGUUGAAGUAUAUCUAGAACAACUUAUGUGCAUUAUGUAAAGAAUAAGUCAUCUGCUUUGAUUGUGAAAAGCACUUUCCAUUCUCCAAAUGAUAAAUAAUUUUCGCCAUCAUCAAAUCAUCGAAAUGAAAUCAUCAAGUAUCAUAUCCUAUGUUUCAAGUUCUAAGAUAUCCCCCUCUUGCUGUUUUUGGUCUCCAAGUUGAGUUCAACAAGAAAGCCAACUCGAAAUCUUCAAUAUCUUUCCCCUCUCAUCAUAGGAUUUUGAUGCUAUAUCCACCCCUGGCUUAUUUGAAUAAACUUUCAACUUUGGAUUGAAUAGAGAGGGUGAGAUAGGAAGGGAAGUAGUUGAUAAUUACAUCUGAAUGCUGUAAUUAGAAACAAUUGUCACUAGAGAAGCUGCACUUUUGAAUUGGCAGAAUAUCAGAAUCUGCAGCAGUAGAGAAGCAUAUGAAGAUGGAUGUUUUAUGUACAACAUGAUGAUUGAUGGAUAAGUGACAUCAUCUUAAUCAAGGAGCCCUCUCUUUGAUGGAACUUUUGAGGCUUAAGCAGUAGCUGCUGCCGGUUCUUCUUCUUGUGUUGCUGGAAGAAGGGUGCAGAUGAGGUUGCGAUCACCGUAGACAUUGUCCACACGUCCUAUAACAGAGCCACCAGAUUUUGUUAGCAACUUUGAGCGGAAUUAUUAUCAAAAGUGUCAACAGUCUACACGUAUUACUAGUGAAUGGUUGAUUUUCCAGCUUUAAGGUUCUAAGUGCACAUAAUUUCUCGUGUUAACCGAUAAAUAGUUUGAAUACUGAAUGAUCAGAUUGAACUUAGUUCACGAUUACAGUCUACCAAAUGGUUGGUAUAUAUUCUUCAAAGUUCACUGGACAAACCUGUUGUUGGCCAGAAUUUUGCAGUCUUGAGCCAAGGAGCAGGGAAGGCAGCAUACUCCCUGGAGUAUGGUUUUGUCCAAGUAUCGGCCAUGAGGAGUGAGGGUGGAUGGGGAGCACUCUGUCGAAACCAAAAGAAUCAGUUAAUAUCUUCAAACUCAACAAAGCAAGCGAUAAAAAAAUUUCGAUAAUAAGAAACAAAUUGCUGAUGAGCGCUCACAAAGCUGGCACUGGCAAACAGAAAGGAGCAUCACUUUUACCUUGAGAACGUUGUUGUGUAAAUCUGCUUUCCCUUUCUCAAUGAGUGCAAUUUCUUCUCUUAUAGAGAUAAGAGCAUCACAAAACCUGUCCAACUCGGCCUGCAAAAGUAGAAAAGUUGACAUUUCUGAACCAGAUACAGCUAGAUGAUUCGACAAAAGAUAUGAGCACAAAGUAUUUAAACUUCACCUUGCUUUCACUUUCAGUUGGUUCAAUCAUUAGAGUGCCGGGAACAGGCCAUGACAUUGUUGGUGCAUGGAAUCCAUAAUCCAUAAGACGUUUAGCAACAUCUUCUGGCUCUAUUCCAGCAGUGUUCUAAAAGAUGAAAAGCCAAAGAAAGAAAAACGAAUGACAUUCAAGAUUGACUUUAUGAAGAAGAGUGGACGUCUUCCAUUUCUUGUCUGGUCUUACCUUAAAGCCCCUCAAAUCAAUAAUAAAUUCAUGGGCACAUGUGCCAUUGACACCACGGAAUAGAACAGGGUAGUAAUCCUGCAAAUUAAAAGAACAAAAGUCAAACAAUGAACAAUGACUGGAAGCCUAGAACAGUAAAACAGAGUACAUGUCACAUAUUUUGAAUCUAGGGUAAUGCCAUGUUCAUAGAUGGACAAGAUGGAGAAACAAGCAUUCAAAUUACGAUAAUCUCUGCCAGAUCAAGGAAUCAAAUACAAAUGUUCAUGGUGAUUAAGUAGUAAUUAUCUGCUUUGGUGGCAAUAAGCCAAUAACAUUCUAGUGAAAGUAGUCAGAAAUGUAAUUACCUCCAGGCGCUUCGCCAUGUAA